CUGGCAACUGAGAAUACAGACGAUACAAGACGCCGACGAAGUUGCAGAGGAAGGUACUUUGAUUUGGUACAUUUCCUUAGGAGAAAAAAUCUGCUAUUCAUGAUGAUUAUGGUGAUCGGUUUGAUGAUCUGAGUGAUUAUUAUGAGAGUGAUGAUGAGGAGGAUGAGGAGGAGGGGGAAGAAGAAGAAGAAGAAGAAGAAGAAGAGUUAUCAACAACAGCAUACCUCAACCUUACCUCAUUCGUCGCGUUCAUGGCGAAGGAAAGGAUGUUUUGUUCUUCUUCUUCUCAUUCUACUCCUGCUCAUGAUGAGAACUCUGAUGAUGACUCUGACAAGGGUUGUGGGGGUGACCCCUGUCCAGGCUGUACCUGGAUUCAGGAUCUCGCGAGGGGAUGUCUUUCGCUGCUUGCUGCUGCUACUUUUCAUCCUCUUCUUUCGACCACUCCGCCUCCGACUUCUACUCACCCUACGACUGAACCAACUACCUUUCCGGCUGAUUCCACAAGAGCACCGACAUCUACACCCAACACCACCGAUAAUUCUUCAAUUCCACGCGCUCACCAGUCACAAUCUCAACCGCAGCCAUCUGGAUCAUCAUCUUCGGUGAAGACCUCUGGUCAACUCAUCGGCAUCACAAACAUAAUCAGAAUCACAACCACAACCACAACCACAUCCUAAAAUCCAAACCCAACCCCAAACCCAACUCAAAAACCAGAUUAAAGAACGAC